AUGGUCCAGACGCCGGGCGUGUUCGGGGUUUUGGAGCUGACCAACGCGUCCGGGCUCAAGACGCUCUUUGUGGGGAGUCGCGCGUGCCAAUGUGUGGGAGAACUGAAUCUGAACGCGCCCGAAUUGGAAAGCGUGCACUUCGGAAAGGAGUCGUUCCGCGAUGCGUCGAUUCUGCGGAUCAGCACGGCGUUCAUGAAGACGGCGAGCGAGGGAUCGAUGGUCGUGGAGGAUGACGCGUUCCCGACGGCUUCCCUCCUCGUGGAAGUGCCCAUGACGUAUCUGAAAACCAUGGAGAUUGGAAGAAACUGCUUCCAGUUGUCUCCCACGUUCUGCUUUCAAAUGUUCCCGUCGGUCCAAUCGGUGAUCCUGGGGGACGGAUCUUUCACAUCCACGACGCUGUUUCCGUUGAUUGCGCAGAAGGAGGGCGAUUUCAAGGAGGUCAGCAAUCCUUCGGUGAAUUGUUUCGCCGCAGGCCUGUCUUCGCUCCGGCGGGUCUCGUUCGGCAAGGACUGCUUCCACUGCGGACCGUUGCUCGAAUUCCGAAAUCUGGUGGAGCUGGAGCGAAUCUCCUUUCCUGAAGGGGCUUUUCCGUCCGUCACCAUUCUCAUUUUUCAAAGUAGAGCUUGGCGGCCGGGUGCUCUCUAGAUCUCCCGAAGCUGCAGUAUGUCCGACUGCCUCAUUCCGCGUUCGUUAACGUGAAAACGCUAGAGGUCAGCGACGUCAAUUCCGAGAUCCAGUUCUUCGAUGAGCACGACGCGCUCUGGGAAGACGACUGGCCGAUGCAAUCUCUGGUGGUCAGUGCAUUGAAGGGCACCUAUCAGAACCACUCCUGCGUUUUGAACACUGCGGGCCAUCCCAAGCGCUAUAUUACGAUCGAUCUGCAAGAAAUUGUGACAUUUUA